AAGGCGGCUUUAUUUGGCAAGCUGAUCGCUGUUUAGUGGCUUAAAAUCAUUAAGUUACAGUUUAUAGCUGAACUGGAACAAACUGCCAUCUGAUAAACCUAACUGCCUCUGACUUAACUUACACUACUAUACGUGAAGCUUACUGUGACCCUAAAGCCCAGCUGAAAAUUCAUCCUCUCGUAACUUCAUACUAACUCUGAUAGUUAGUCACAUAUUUGAAGUUUUUCGUGAUAAGUUAAGCCCUGUAGCGCAGAAAAGUAUCUAUCAUUGUCUCAAAACACCUUUCUUUAAUUUUUCAACGGUGAAAAAUACGGCCAAACUGAGCUGACACAAGUGAUGAUCACGAAUGAUGAUGAUGAUGAUGAUGAUGAAGCUAUAGUCAUGAUGAUGACAUCAUGGUGUGUACCAGUCUUAUAACAAACUUGGACAGACUACUUUUAAUUCCAGGAUAUUUAAGGGACCUAUUUUGCCAUCCAUCUACACAAGAAUCUCAUGUGACAUCAUUUUCAUGGGAUGCUAAGUGGCAGUCAUGGAUCUGUGGAUUGUACACUCAUUUCUUCAAUACAUUACAGACAAGGUUCAUUCAAGGGAAAGAUCACAAGAAAAUGGAGGGAUACAAAGCAAUUGGAGGACAAAAAAAAUCUGAAGGGAACAUUUCGACUCUUAAGCAAAGCAACUGUGGACAAGACUGCUGCUUACUCAAGUGUUGGAUCACAAGCCACUGGAAGACGAAGUAUGCGAUGGGGAACAAUUUGAUCCUUGGAAAAGGUAGAAUUAGUGUACAGCAGAUCUUGAAAACAUUUUUUCGGAGAUUCAUAAAAUAUUCCAGCAGAAGUUGUCGAAGAAACCAGUUCACAAGCCUGUAGCAAUUAUUGAUGCCAAUUCAUUUUGAAGGGUGCAACAAGAAACGUUCUGCACAGCUAAGUUUCUUUAUUGACUCUGCAAGUUAAAUUUUUGCUCAAAGUCGGUUUUCCUAAGUAACCCCUGUUCAAACGUCUUCAAUU